CCACAAGCGACAUCAUCUUCCCCGCGAAAUCAGAAGGAUUGAUGGUGGCUAAUCAACCACACUGCGACCUCAUAACCUCUGCCCGUUAAACCACUUUAGUUGGCCCUACCAAGUCGUGUUCUUAUCGAGAUUCGUGCCAAUCACAGCUUCAGCAACUUCAACGUUGCCGUCGCAACCGACCGACAGCAACCACGAUACUGACGAUUACCAUGGCCGCCGACGGAUCCAUCACCGAUCCCCUGCUCGUUACGGUUCUUGACACGUCGAGAGCCGCGCGCGAGCAAGCCGUGGUUCUCAUUGAUCGCAUCCAAGAAGCUCUUGAUGCUGCAGGCAACGGGCCUCUACCUUUGGAAGCCCAGGCGGAAAUCUCAAAGCAACAGAAACUGCUCAACACCAAUAUCGCCCAGCUCCGCGGUCUACACCGGUCUGCUCAUUUCAAGGCGCGUGAGACGAAAGGUCAAACAGCAGAGGUACGCCACGAGGUCGACGUGCUCCAUCUUCAACUACAAAAUCUCUACUACGAACAAAGACAUCUGGAGGGAGAAAUCGCAGCUUGCGAGUCCUUUGAGCAUACCUAUCAAAAGCUUCCUCUGAUUCCUGUCGAGGAGUUCCUAGCUCUACAUCCCGAGCAUGCUGAUGAUGAUGAAAACGACCUCAUGGUGGCGCGUAUCAAUCAUGAGAGAACCGAGCGAGAAGCGCUUGAGCAGCAAAGGGUCGAGUUGCAGAAGCGCAAACAGAAACUGAUUGCCGAUAACAAAAAGCGACGCGACGAUCUGGCCAAUCUGGACAAGGAUUUAGAGAAAUUCAUCGAUGCCGCGAAACCCAUCCAAAAGCUCUUCGAGAAGGUUGUGUGA